CAGAGCAAGAGUGCAGGAGAGGAAGGGGCUAUGCAGUGGGCAAAGAGAGGAAAGUUUGACUAGAGGAGAAGGAGUGCAGGAGGAGGAGCAGGAAGAUAGUGUGUGUGUGCAAGAGAGUAUGUGAGCGAGCGGGAGCAUGUGAGUGUGCGAGACGAGGAGAAAGAGAGGGAGUGAAGCUGAAGAGCAGAAUGAGCAGGCUAGGUUUGUGUUCUUAGUUUGGCUUCAGGACAGAAAGCAGACACAGGAGGAAGUUACCAUGAAGAACACUAUGGAGUGUGUGUAUUGGGCGCACAGUCGCCAUGGCUUUGGUUCAGGGACUGCCCGUGCCCUCUGAUCACCCACAGUCCAGUGUUGAUAUUCAGCAGUGUCACCCUGUAUCGCACUCCCCAACCACAGGCACCAUGGGCUCUGUCAGCAGCCUUAUCUCUGGGCGCACUUACCAGGAACGCCACUGCCGCGCUGUCAGUGAUUUCAGCGCCAGACUCCGCAAGCCCCUGCCUGCCACGAGCUGUUUCCGGCAGCAGGAGGGCACACUGCGCAGGGCCAGCUCUCAGGAGGAGCUCCUCGACAAUCAGCCUCCUCUGCCUAUCAAGAACAAACCCACUACCCUCAUGACUGCCGGCAAUGGCAACUAUGGUUACAUGAGUGAUGAGGUGGUGGGUGACUGGAAUGAUAACCAUGUCAAAGUGGGCAGCCCAUGCAGUGACACAGAAGAAACACAGGAUAGCCGAGGAACUGUGAACAGUACCAACAUCGGAGGCCCUCCACCCAAACUCAUCCCUGUCUCAGGCAAGCUGGAGAAAAAUAUGGAGAAAGUCGUAAUCCGACCAACCGCCUUCAAGCCUGUAGUACCCAAGAACCGCAACUCUGUGCAGUACCUUUCCCCACGGCCAGGGGGCAGUCUGUCUGAGAGCCACGGAAGCCUCAACCUUUUACUUCCAGGAGGAGCAGGGAUGCUGUGCACAGAGAAACACAAUUCGUACAACGGGGGUCGCAACGCUCGCAAUAGUCAGACUUGCAGCAUGUCAGACUCUGGCCGCAAUUCACUCUCCAGCUUGCCCACAUACAGCAGCACUGCCUGCAGCCUGGUGCAGAGUGAGGGACUGUCCACAAGCACAGAGUCCACACGGCCCACAGGAGGACACGGCCACACUAACUCAGACAGCGGCCGGUCUUCAUCCAGCAAGAGCACAGGCCAGCCACUCUCAGACAGUGGCUCAUGUGGACGUUCCCCUGCUCCCCCAGAGGGGUAUGAGAGCAUUAUUCGUGAGCUAGAAGAAAAGCUGAGAGAGAGAGACUUGGAGCUGCAGCAGCUUCGAGACAACCUGGAUGAGAAUGAGGCAGCCAUCUGCCAGGUGUACGAGGAGAAGCAAAAACGCUGUGAGCAGGAGAUGGAGGAGCUCAGGCAGAGCUGUGCAACCAAGAUGAAGCAGGUGCAGCAGAAAACACAACGGGCCCAACAGGUCCUGCAGCUGCAAGUCUUCCAGCUCCAACAGGAGAAGAAGAAGCUGCAUGAGGAUUUCUCUCAGCUGCUGCAGGAGCGAGAGACACUGGAGAAGAGAUGUGCCUCCAUUGAAAGGGAGCAGAACCAGCUAGGCCCCCGUCUGGAGGAGACCAAGUGGGAGGUGUGUCAAAAGUCUGGCGAGAUCUCCCUGCUGAAGCAGCAGCUGAAGGAUGUGCAGGCUGACCUUGGCCAGAAGGCAGCUGAGAUUGUGGCCCUGAAGGCCCAGCUGCGAGAGGCUCGCUCUGAGCUGCAGGCUAGCCAGGUGCGAUCACAUGAAGCCCAGGCCGCAGCACGAACUCGCACGCUCGAACUGGAAGUAUGUGAGAACGAGCUGCAGCGCCGCAAAAGCGAGGCUGAGCUACUACGUGAGAAAUUGGGCCGACUUGAAAUGGAGUCAAACCGACUUCGAGACGUGUUUGCAUUACCCAGCAGCAAGGGUCAGUGCAUGAGCCUGCCUCUGCCUCAGAGCCGUGUCGGAAGUGGCCUGAAUCAAGUGCACAGCCCUGCUUUCCGGGAGGUACUGGAGCCGCUGCCAUCGUACGAAAGUGAUGUGACUAGGGUGCAGCAGCAGAGUUCAGAUGCUCUGCAUGGUCUGCACUUGCAAGUAGAGCAGCUGCGCACUGAGCUGGUGUUGGAGAGGAGGCAUGGACAGGAGCAGCAGGAAGCCUUCGAUGAGGAGCGCCGUGUCUGGCAGGAGGAGAAAGACAAGGUGAUCCGCUACCAGAAGCAGCUACAGCAGAACUACAUCCAGAUGUACCGCCGCAACCGGGAGCUGGAGCGUGUAAUGAGGGAGCUGAGCCUAGAGCUAGAGAACAGGGACAUGGAGGAGUUUGACAUGCGCCAUGACAUCCGAUUUGAGGAAAUCACCGCCACCGAGAUCUAAUGCACAUUCAGAUUGUUCUCAAUUGCUGAACAAGCUAAAUGCUCCACGUCCUCCACUGUGCCCUCAAAUCUGUUUUGAGGAAAUGACCUAGUCACCAUCUCCGCCCCUCCCCCACAGACAGAAAAUUCAAAUUGUUCUGAAACACUGCCUGACUUCCACUGUGUCCUUUAUAGUGCACUGCUUACCAAAGCACCUACUCAGAAUCUAAUCAGGGUGGAUAUGCAGCCUAGACACUUCCUAAACAUCCUGUUUCGUGACUAUUGCAAUUGCCAUGUCUUUUCAACACCGAUGUGUGAAUUUGGGGAACACAUUUAAAUGGAGGAAAGAAGCUUUUUGUGAAACAGUUCCUGAAUAAAAUGAGUGUCUCUGUUACUGGAUUUCAGUCCGAAUACGCAGCUCCUGUACUGUAAUGGACUGAUAUCAUGUACUGUGUUAGACACAGUAAAGGCACUAAUGGGAGAGGAGCACCUGCACUAAUGGACUCCACUCCACCACUCCUUACUAUCAGCAUUAAUAUUAAUGGAACUCUAAUGCAGCAUGGUUAAGUUCUACAGAGUUGAAGUGCAUUGUCUUGUCACUCAAUCUGCUUUUAGUGUGGAGUCAUUCUUACCAGUAAGACCCAAAAAACCCCCAUCUUUUGUAUAGUGGCUGUUGUCAUGCCAGGGUACAACACAAAGACAGAGAAUAGCAUCUGUCCUGUCUGUCCUCAGAGCUCACUGGGUGCUCAGCACCUCAAUACUAAUCACUUUAACUAGAAGUGCUAUUUUUUUAUGAUGCUAUUUUAUAUUUUAUAGUUUCUUUCAUCUUCCUUCAUAGAUUGCACAAUGCACAAUAUUGUGAUGCAUACAACAAAGUGUGAAUAGCAUGUGUGCAUGAUACAGUAAUGUUCUGUCAUCAGGUUGUCUGGAGAUUAGAUUUUUAGUGAUCUCUGUGGAGAUCACGCAGGUUACAUAUGCUCUAGUCAGCAGUGUCUCUAUGCACAGUGGGUGGAGCCAUUGCUCUCAUUAGCAACAUAGACAAGACAGUGUAUUCAUAGAUCUUAGUUUAGGUUUGCCUACAGCUUCUGAAAUCCUAAUAGUCCUAAAGAAAAUAGUCAAAUAGGAGGGAAUAUACAGUAUAUACACAAUAUACACUAUUUUUUUUUCUUUGUUAUUACUGAACAAACUCUUUAAAAUAUGUAGCAAUGAAAUAUAUUUGAUAUAUUUUUAUAUGCAUAUAUAGUGACAGCCUAUUUUGUGGUAACAGUUCAACAGUUUUCUAUCUCACACACUUUAAAAAGAAAUCCAGUGGAGUCAUUUGCCAUGAGCAUUUCGUAAGGCACUUUAUAGUGACUGCUUAUAUUUCCACACUGUUGCUAUGUAGAUUUCAGUGACUGCUAGGAAACUCCACUCUCUUAUGACUUUUGAUGUUAGGAAAUUUGGAAACGGUGUUUUAAGAUUCAUCUACCAAGUGCCAGACACUGCCUGACUCAAUCACUACCAAUUUAGCAUUCUCCAAAUUCUUGCAACAAUGAUUCGUAUCAGUUAGCAGCUCCAUUUGUAUUAUUAGGAAAAUCAUUCUUACUGAUUUCCAGCUGGUUCUUCCUGCUCACUGCAACUGAUUCUCCAUCAGUCCACAUACAUCACGGUUAUAACGUUUCUAUUACCUUUGUUCCCAAACUUUUUGAAGCCAAAUAGCAGUAUUAAUCAAAAGGUCUGGGCAAUUUUGCUUCUGGUCAAAUCACUUCCAUAAAUCCGUUCAUUUGCUUAAUUCAUGUGUUAGUCAACUUAUAAAAUCUAGCUUUGACACCCAACCCCCCCCCCCCCACCACCCCCCCCCACACACACACACACACAGACACACACACUCCCUCAGAGAUCUGUUAAACCAGAGCAGCACAGUGAUAACGUGAGGAGUGAGACAUACCCUUUAAUCAAUAACAUAGCAUACUUUUCUCUCUCUGAUCAGACUGCUUUCUUACAUGUCUCUGUUACAUGGUUUGUGAAUACACUCAGUGGUGUUUCUUUAUUCCCAGUGUUUUUUUUGUUCUUCCACUGAAUACCAUUUCAUACACGCGUGUAAAUAUUCCUAGUAUUGUAUUAAAAUUUUUAUGCAUAAUAUCUCUAUAAAAGGUGUAACCACUGGGAAUAGACCAAAGCAAAGUAACAAUGUAUUUGUUUCAUUCUCUUUUAUUCAUGUUUUGUGUGUGUUUUGUAGUCACUUGUAUAUUAUCAUGCUGUACAUUUCCUGUAAAAAGCAAUACAAUGGUUUUGAUUAAAAAUAAGUCCCUUACAAGUCA